AUGCAAGUUCAACUAUUUCCUAUUUUGUGUUUUGUAAUACUAUGGGACGUUCAUUGCGCUGAUGAGUCUGCACUACCUCGGAAACCUGUCUUUACUGAGUACCCAAGAGAUGCUUUUCCCCUUCACCGCCAACAGCUGCGGUUGUUCUGUCGUGCUGAGGGUGAACCUUUUGUUUUGAUCACCUGGUAUAAAGAUGGAAAGGUUGUUGAAACACAAAGGGACAAACCUGGGACUUCAAACAGAAUCACGAAACCCGGUGAACUGCUUUUCCUUUCAUUCAAUGUGGAGGAUGAAGGUCGGUAUUAUUGUAAUGCAUCAAAUGUUCAAGGUUGGACCAUAUCUCCUUCUGCUCUAGUGAAAGCUGCAUUUUUCGAUAUUAGUAAAUCAUCUGGUCCUGAAAGUAAGUCUGCUAAUCUUGGCCAGACUGUUUUAUUGGAAUGCACUCCUCCUGUCGGACUGCCAGUACCUGUUGUUCACUGGAAGCAUAAUAACCAGAGAAUUACUGAUGGUCCUCGUACGAGAAUAAUGGAAAAUGGGGCCUUAAGAAUAGAAUCUGCCAAGCGUCAGGAUGCAGGAACUUAUCAGUGUUUCGCCGACAACUCUGCCGGACAUUGGGAAAGCAAGUCUGCUACGCUUACUCUUCGUCGCAAGCCUCGGUUUAGGUUUACUCCUAUGAGCAAGCAAGCUGUUGUUGGAGAUUCCGUAGAAUUUCAAUGCUUAGCUUCUGAGGACCCUAACUCUACAAUUCUUUGGAGACGUGAGGGUAAUAAAAUUAUACAGGCGUCGCUAAUUGAUAAAAAGACGUUGCGUAUAGAAAAUGUCCAGCUGUCGGACGCCGGAGACUACAUUUGCGAGGCGAAAAAUGUAGCUGGUAAUGUUGAAGCUAUCGCCCACUUAUCUGUGAUUUCACCACCAAUUUUUGUGAUAACACCCGAAGAUAAAACGGUAGCACUUGGUAGUCGCGUUUCCUUUGAUUGCUUGACCUCUGGUUCCCCGCCUCCCACUGUCAGGUGGUUGCAUAACAAAUAUUCCUUUUGGGUACCCAAACCAAAUGAAAAACCUAUACAGACAGGUAGAUUCCAGAUAUUUCCCAACGGAACUUUGAUUAUAAAUUCAACUUUGCUAUCUGAUGUUGGAUUAUUUGAGUGUAAAGCUUCUCAAAAAGCUGGUAUCGUCAAAUCAUCAGCUCAGUUAUUUAUUGAAACUCCUGGUAUUAUAUCCCUUCCACUUAUUGAAGUUGGACCUCAAAAUCGGACACUGUAUCAAGGCAUGAUUGCAAAUUUACCGUGUCACUCGACUGUACUUCAGUAUACUUUGCAAGCUUCACACUCAUUGGUGCAUUCAAAUAUUGAUACGUUUACACCCAUUGUAACACAGUGGUUUGUCAAUGGUUCAGCUAUUUCUUCUAACUCCAAUCCCCGAGUUGUUAUAUUAAACUCUGGAUCACUCCAGAUUAAUGCUCUGCGUGUUUCCGACACAGGCUCUUAUACUUGUGAGGUUGAAAUUCAAGAUUUCUCUGUUUCUCCAUUUUUACGGCGUUCUACAUCGUGGACUGCCUCAAUACAGGUUGUUCAUGGUGGACAGUCGGAAGGUGGCGUGUAUCUGUCCUCUGGAGAAGAAAAUGAAUUAUUGUUACCUGAUCCUCCGAAAGAUGUUAAAGUCAAAAGUAUAGGUGAUACUUGGGUUUUAUUGGAUUUAAUUGAUGACCAGCUCAAUGGACAUAUAAUACACAAACGUGACCUGAAUGCAGGUGUCUUUAUAAGUGGUUUGAGAGUAGAAGUUGCGGAGUUCAACAGUUCCAGCGGAUGGCGAAUAAUGGAGUUUACUGUUGCAUCUGCUUCUAUUCGUGUGAACGGUUUACUACCACAAACUGGUUAUCAUAUUCUUGUACGCUACAUCAAUCGUUAUGGAGUUGGUAGACCUCUCAUUUUGAAUAGAUUGGUAUUUACCAAUAAGCCUGAUUUAACCCGUAAUUAUUUACCAAAUGAACUAGGCGUGAAGUUGCAGUCUGUGAGCUUUAGCCCUUUGCAUAUUCGUGCAAUAUCCCCGUCAGAAUUGUUAGCAGAAUGGUUUCUCUGUGGUUCAUCGGAUGUAUUAGAUUUAAUCACUGGAUUUAAAGCAACAUAUAUGAGCGUACCACUGUCUAGAUGUGUUACUUCAAAUUCUAAAAAUAAUGGAUUUUAUAUCAAGGAAAGUACUAUUUCUUAUGCGAAUAUGGAUCCUAACUCAUGUACUUAUAAGGAUGAAUCUGUGGAAAAUCUGUUGGAUUCCUUUGAAGAUGAUCUUACUCCAUGCAGUUUAUUAAGAAUUUCUAAGCAACAUUCUCUUGAUUGGAACCCACCCAAUUUCCUCAAUGGUGAGACUGUUAAUUACUAUAUUCACUCAGGUGUAGGCAGCACAAGUGUAAAAAUGGCAAUUGGUAAUCUACGUCCCUUCAUGUGUUAUGCUGUUCGUGUGGAGGCGUUUGUAGACCAUUCUAGUCAAAGCAGAAUUUUUGCUCAGAAAAGUCAAGUAUCAGUGGCUCUGACACAUGAUAGCACACCGACAGGUGCACCACAAAUUACAAAUGUUCGUUGGCUGAGAAAUGGGACUGUUCUACAAUUAGAUUGGAGUCCACCGAAUGAAUGGGAACGUGGAGGUAUUCUCACGGGAUACUCGUUGAGAAUUUUAAGCACAACACCCAAACUUAGCCGUACUAUCAAUUUGGGAAUGGAACAGUUAUCUUACCAUAUCUAUAAUCUUGAUCCAUGGUCCAAUUUCACCCUUUACCUAUCUGCGGUCACUUGUCAUGGUGAAGGAGUACGAUCACUACCUGUAUAUGUUUUUGCUUAUCCAACCCGAGGUAAUCUUCCAGAAAUAGGUUUGCAAUCAUCUCAGAAUCCUACAAUGGAAUUAGAUCAUUAUGAAUCUGGAAAUAUAUUCCGAAAGAUUAUGUAUGAUGGAAGGAAUUUGUACCCGGGAGCGUAUGGAUCACAAGUGCUUGGUGAACAAACAAAUUCCAAACAUACUGCCGCUCAUGAAGAAAAGCUUAGUCUUACUAGAGAACCCUGGUUCAUAGUUAGUGCAGUUAUGUUCAGUGUACUUUGGGUGCUUAUUUGUCUUGGUCUUAUCAUAUGUGGACGACACAGAAGUGAACGUCAACGGCGUCGUCAUGCUGGUUUGGAUGUAAUGGAUGUGGAAAUAAUUGCUAAAAAUGGACGUCUUGGUACUAGCGAUUCUACUCAUGCUGCAGGGGGCGCAAUUUCACCUUCAAUGUAUAUGGGUGGAUAUAAUACGUCUACGGAAGCAGAAGGAACUCCGCUGACAAUGGGUGAACCGCUUUCUGUAAAUGCUGCUCUUUUAUCUGAUAGGAAUCAUACACCGAAACUGUGCAAUUCUAUAUUUGGUGAAAAGUCAUACGGUAAUGGUCUUAAUCGUACUAUGAACACACCAUAUUCUGUAUCUAUGGCCAAUGCAUUUUCUAUGCCAUGUGAUGGUAAUAUGCAGUCAGUUCCAGCUUAUAUGUCUCAGUAUCCACUUGGUACUCAAAUGUUGCCAAUAGACAGUUUAAAGAAUCAUGCAUACAACAAUCCAGGUACAAUGGUUCAAAAUAUGUCAACUGGUAGUGGUGUUCAAAUGUUGCCCAGUGGUACACAUUGUCCACCAGAACUUUUACCACCAGGCAAUACAGCUCCUAUGCUACCAAAUGGUUGUUUACCUUUAUCUGCAAAUCAAGGUACACGUACAGUUGAUUUACCGUCAGAAGAUCAUGCCACACCGUAUGCUAGUGUAUCAGUCAUACAACAAAUGGUAUUCGAUCAUCCUAUGCCAAUGGAGUAUUCUGCUGUUGUACAACAAAGUCGUGGUAAUAAUAAUCAACAACAACAACUUUCACUGGCUGAAAUUAUCCCUCCACCACCAGACUAUCCGCCUCCUUCACUUCCCACAUCUUUCUCUCCACCGGUUUUAAAUCAUUUUACAAGUUGGUCACUCGGUGAAGCACCGUGUUCUGGUAGUGGUGAAGAUUCAGCCUAUAGUGAUUUUCAACAGUCAUCACAACAUCAAGGUGGUUGUGGUCCGCCUUUGUCAAAUCAUCACAAUUGGUUAACAACUUCACAACCUGAUAGUAAUAGUAUUCUACCGACGACAUCAUCACAUUCUCUAUCAAAAACAAGUGGAUUAUCCUCUGAAUGGCCUAAUCAAGAAGGCUUAUCAACACCUCAUUCCACAGAUCAACAUAUGUUUGCUCAUCAUCCGUCAACAUCUUUAUCAACUAUACAACCAUCACAUGUGGCAUGUUAA